CGGGGCGGGCCCGAGCCGGCGGGCCUCCGCGCGGCACUUGGCACGCACGCGCAGACGGGCCGCGGGCCCCAGAGGCACCGAGGAGGGGGGGGAGAGAAAGAAAGGGGGGGCAGUGGGGAACGUAUUUCCGCUCUGGCGGACAAAUAAUCCUGGCCAAAGGGGAGGCACGGCUGUCCAGCCCUUUAACCGUGUGGGGGGUGCGGGGGAAGAAAGGGGGGAGUCUGGAGGGGGGGCUCCUGCUCCUUUAAUUCCCUCCCCUCUACCACGGCUCCGAGUCCUCGCCGACGCCGCCGAGCGCGGGGCCUGGAACACGCCGCGCGAGCCGCCCCCGCCCCUCCCCUCCCGUCCGACGCCCACGCGGAGCCGGCCCCGCGCGCGCGCCCCGCGCACCCCCGCGCCUGCGCGCUGCCCAGGCCCUGCCCGUGUGUGGGGGGCGCUGCCGGCCCCGGGGGGGUGGGGGAGCGAUAGGGGGGGAGCACAGCGCGCGGAGCCGGGCCAGGGCUGCCCAUUCCCGCCACAAUGGCCUCUGGGGUGGAAGUCCUGCGCUUCCAGCUGCCGGGCCACGAGGCCGCUACGCUGCGGAACAUGAACCAGCUCCGCGCCGAGGAGCGCUUCUGCGACGUGACCAUUGUGGCCGACAGCCUCAAGUUCCGCGGCCACAAGGUCAUCUUGGCCGCCUGCUCGCCGUUCCUUCGGGACCAGUUCUUGCUGAACCCCAGCUCCGAGCUGCAGGUCUCCCUGAUGCACAGCGCACGCAUCGUGGCCGACCUGCUCCUGUCCUGCUACACUGGUGCCCUGGAAUUUGCUGUCAGGGACAUCGUCAACUACCUAACGGCCGCCUCCUACCUGCAAAUGGAGCACGUGGUGGAGAAAUGCCGGAAUGCCCUCAGCCAGUUCAUUGAACCCAAAAUAGGCCUCAAGGAGGAUGGGGUCAGCGAGGCGAGCCUCGUGAGCAGUGUCAGCGCCACCAAGUCUCUCCUCCCUCCAGCCAGGACCCCUAAGCCAGCUCCCAAGCCCCCGCCCCCUCCUCCUCUCCCUCCUCCUCUCCUUCGGCCUGUGAAGCUGGAGUUCCCACUGGAUGAGGACCUGGAACUGAAGGCCGAGGAGGAGGAGGAGGACGAGGACGAGGAUGUGUCGGACAUCUGCAUCGUGAAAGUGGAGUCUGCCCUAGAGGUGGCACACCGGCUCAAACCCCCCAGUGGCCUAGGAGGAGGUCUGGGUAUUGGGGGUUCUGUGAGCGGCCACCUUGGGGAGCUGGCCCAGAGUAGUGCAGCCCCCAGCACUGUAGCCCCACCGCAAGGAGUGGUAAAGGCCUGCUACAGCCUGUCAGAGGACGCAGAAGGGGAGGGCCUGCUGUUGAUUCCUGGAGGCCGGGUCAGUGUGGGGGCCACUUCGGGCCUGGUGGAAGCAGCAGCAGUGGCCAUGGCUGCUCGGGGGUCGGGGAGCAGCCUGGGGGCAGGGGGUGGCUGGGGACCCUUGCCAGGGGGCCUCUCAAGCGGAAACCCCUUAAAGAACAUCAAGUGCACCAAGUGCCCCGAAGUGUUCCAGGGUGUGGAGAAGUUGGUCUUCCACAUGCGUGCCCAACAUUUCAUCUUCAUGUGCCCGCGCUGCGGCAAGCAGUUCAACCACAGCAGCAACCUCAACCGCCACAUGAACGUGCACCGUGGCGUCAAGUCGCACUCGUGUGGCAUCUGCGGCAAGUGCUUCACGCAGAAGUCCACGCUGCAUGACCACCUCAACCUACACUCAGGAGCCAGGCCCUACCGCUGCUCCUACUGCGACGUGCGCUUCGCCCACAAGCCUGCCAUUAGGCGGCACCUCAAGGAGCAGCACGGCAAGACCACGGCAGAGAAUGUGCUGGAGGCCAGUGUGGCGGAGAUCAAUGUCCUCAUCCGCUAGCAGGGCCAGGAGACUGGGGUCCUUGGGCUGGGGUAGGAAGAGGGCUCCUGAGCUUGGUAGAAUUGGGGGGAAUGCGGGGAUCCUGGGAAGAUGUACACAUCCUAAGGGAGAAGGGAGGAAGAUUCUUUGGUGAGAAGACCCUGCCUCUUGGAGAAGAAAAGGAUGGAACCAGAGGCAGGGCUCUUUGACCAGGUUAAGAAAAUAUUUGGUCCCCCAGAAAGGUUUCUUGUAGAGGUGCAUGGAUCUGUGGAGGGAGGGGAAAGGGUCUUAUAGAAUGAGAAAGGCAAAGGCCGGAAAAUGUUUUGGGUUUUUCUUUUUUCUGGCUAAGGCUGCCUAGGGGGAGACUGUGACAUUUCUUGAGGUGGGAAUUGGUGGGUGGGAGUUGGGCGGGGACCUGGCAGGAGGCAGCUCCUGUUUAGAAUAGAUCCUUGGGAGAGGGCAUGAUAGGGGAAACGACUAUUGAAUCCCAGAAAAGGAAGGGGAGACAGUUCUUGCAUGCUGGGGAAGUUGGGACUGUGGGUACAAGGCUCACCAAAAUUAAGAGUAAACAAAGUAAGGCGCCAGGUAAGAGAACACUGGGGUGAGCAUUCUAGGUAGGUAACUGGGCAGUAGGGGUACAAUAGCAAGAACAAUGAAUAGUGGAGGGGUGGGGGCAGGGCACUUAGGAGAAAGGACACAAGGAGGGCUUUUGGGUGGGAGGGAGAGUAGUAGAGACUUAUACAGUAUUUUUUAAGAAAACAAAAACGUAUUUUUUAGGAUUUUUUUCUGGAGUUUGGGGUUUUAGUUUUUUCUGCUUUGUUUUUCACAAAAUAAAAAAAAAAGUUUUUUUUUUCUUUAUACUCUGACAACUGCUUCUAUAUGACUAUCCUGCCCUAGAGCCUCUCCCCACUAAUGCCAAGUGUUCAACAUCCGGAGGUCACAAAUUCAUAAAGUCUCAUGCCCAAAGGAGCCCAGCCUCAAAGAAAAUAGGGAACGUGAUAAGUGAACUUCUCUGGCCAGGAAUAUCAAGUUCUCCACCCUGAACACCUAGCCUUAAACCUCACAGCACACAUGGUUUAAUUGUCCCUCUACUUGUAGAUUUGAUAUCAAGGCUAAGAAUGGGCUACAAGUGACCAUGUGUCUGCUGAAAUUGCAGGCAGGUAUGCGUCUGAUAUAUGUCAACGUUCCUCUCCCCCCCCCCCCCAUUUUAUUUUAUUUUAUUUUAUUUUUAGGAAAGCUAGACCCUGCUAAAGUUGCCUUAGGGUAGAGGGAAGACUACAAUUCCCAGAAAGCUCUCAGAAGUUCUUAACCAAGGAGAACUACAGUUCCCAGAAGGUCUUGGAUUGGCCUCAGGUGUCCCAUAAUCUAACCCCCUGCCAGUGUCAGCGGCAUAGUGUGUGUGAUACCCUAACAGGGACUUCCAAGCUUCAACCAGGAUGUAACAACUAACGGGGACCUGACUGUUAACUAGGAUGGGUGUGUGCCUCGGUGUGUGGCAUUCCUAACAUCAACUGUCGUCUGGCCUAUGACACAGCAGCCUGCUGCUGCUUGUGAAGGGUUUGGCAAGAUGGUUACUUACUAUGGUGUCCCUAGACAAUAGUCACUCUGGCCGCUGGACGCGCCUGGGUUCUGCAGCUCAGGUGACAGCGUGAGCCCGCCUGGCACAGCAGGAGAGACGUGGAGCCCCGGGUUUUUUCUUAAGGAGGCUGCUAAGGGGCAUGGAGCAGCAGGCUAGAACCGGCUAAGCAAAGGCGUCCCUUCGAGAGUCCCCAUCGGCCCUUCUUGCUCGUUAGAGAGGCGAGGCCAGAGCUGAGGCCUUAGUC